CCCGGUAAGUGCUGACAUGGAGUGGCCAGGGAAAUUUGCUAUUGCUAACAUGCAGGCAUAUAAGAAAAAACACUUGCCAAAUGUGUCCUCUAACAGUGACUCUGAGAGGCUGUUAUAUUUGGGGAGCCCUGAUGAGUCCAAGCCAGAGGGCACAGACAGGGACUACCAACCGGAGGAAGCCACCGGUGAGAGCGAUGGCCUUCCUCCCCCCUCAUCUGGCCCGUCAUCUGGCAAAAGGAAGGGGCAGGAGAGGCUGCGUAGUCUCAAAUUUAACACAUUUGAAAAUGAUGCACUGAUAGAGACCCUGGUGCCUGUGUAUGAGAAGGUCAUAGGCAGAUAUGCGGCCAAAACACCCACUGCCUUUAAAGCUAAGGCCUGGAAGGACAUUGCGGAGGCUGUUAAUAGCGUGGGUGUGUGCCUCCGCAAUGUCCAAAACUGCAAGAAGCGGUAUCAGGAUAUAAAAAGGGUCCUGAGAAAAAAGAUGGCAGAGGACUCCAGAUACAGAUCAGGGACUGGAGGAGGGCCUGCUAAGAGGGUCCAUUACACCCAUUAUGAGGAGCAGCUGCUGCCACUUAUACAGCGGGAGAGAGUGCGAGGUGUCUCCGGCAUCUUCGAUACAGAUCGGAAUGUUGGCCAAGAUUCAUCUCCACCUGGGCCGAGCAGACGCAGACAAACGGCAUCUGCUCCCGUUCCAGGUGGACACUCCUCGUCUCGGCUCCACUCCCCACGGCGUGAUCCUGAAUUUGAAGGAGAGGGAUUUAGUGGGGAGGAAAGCGAAAGAGGGUCCCACGUCGGUGGCAGCGACGUGGCCCUCUUCUCAGAUGAGGAGCCGGCCAAUGUUCCCCAGCAGCAGCAGCUCCCAACCCAGGCCCCAACCCCAGGCCUCCAAGCCCAGGCCCAAGAUAGGUUCCACAAAACACUGAUAAAGCACCACAAAAUCUUGAUGCGCAAGCUAAAUUUCUUCCAUUCCGACUUGUGUGUGGCCACUCAGGCCUACAAUGAGGCUCAGGCACGCCAGGCUGCACAUGAGUCGGCAAUGCGAAGACACGAGGCUGCCAUGUUGAGCCUGGAGGAGGAGAAAGUAAAGCUGAAAAGGCAAAAAGUGGCUCUGUUGGCAGAACAGAAUGCUCUACUAAGAGAACAAGUUGCUGCCCUCAAACAACAGGGCCAAAAGCCAACAGAGCCCACAAGCUCUACCAGCUCUACCACCGCAGCUCCCCCUCCUCCAGGCUCAACAAGGCAGCUUCGGAAGCGCAAGUGAAUUGGGCACGGUGCAAUUAGUGUUUUGUGGAACCUAUCUUUUGUUUGUCCUAUGUUUUGUUUUUGUUUUUUGU